ACUUUUUUUGGAUGAGUGUGGAUGCAGCAGACAUCAGAAAAAUUUAAAAUUAAUAAUAAAUAAAAUUAAAUUUUAAAAAAAUGCGCAUUUAAAAAAUUUUGAAAUUUAUGAGUGCAUUUUUUAUAAAUAUUAUAUUUUUAAUUAUUUACAAUUGUAAAUUCGGCUGAUGUCUACUACAUUCACACUGGUUUUUUUGGCGCUAAUCAAAACACCGGACAAAAGAGUUGGUGAAAUAACAUUAAUUGUACAUCUUACUUAAUCUCUAUGAAAAAUUUUCGUCUCGUUGAAUAAAUAAAUUUUUUCUAUUGAAAAAAAAGUAAUUCAAUAAAAAGUAAUUAAAAAAAAAAGUAAACGUAGUUGUUUACAAUCUAAUCAAAAUUAUUUUUUAAAAUAAUACAUCAAAACCGAGAAAUGAGUCAGGAACAUUUGGCAGUUCCAUCAACAAGUGGUGUGGCUCGUCCAUCAAGGUCAACGAGCAGGUCCCCAAGUCCACGCAGGAGACCAAAAGACAAAUUCCAUGUCGUCUUUCAAACUUUCAAAGACGGGUUUGAGGAUCAGAAAAAUAAUGCGAUUACAAAAACCGCAGAGGGGGUGUUAAAAUACAAAGAUACUCCUUUAGAGGUGGAUUAUGUUUCAACAUCUCCCAAAGACACGCUGAAGUUCCUGCUACAGAACAAAAAAACUAAUACCUGCGUCAUUUUGUAUGGAAGAAGUGGCGCAGGUAAAACAACGACGUUGCAAGGAAACAAGGACUUCCAAGGAUUGAUACAAGGAUGGUUCGAUGGUCCUGAAGACUGUCUAGAAUUAAGAGCAUUGGAGAGCAAAAAAAAAAUGUGCCAUGACUUGUUGGGAAAUAAUAAAUGGAACCUAGCAAAAUUCCAAUGGAGUGAAUUGACGGUUCGGAAGCCUAUAAAAAUUAAAACGGCAAUAGAAAAGAGAGAAACAGUCCAGACUGCGUUGAACUUGAAUUCAUCGCGGAGCAUCGCUUAUUUUGAGCUAACUAACACACGAACUCAGGAACGAGUUUCGUUCGUAGACUUGCCUGGUUCAGAAGGAGCGGACGCCGCAGAUUCCUCCUCAUUAGAUGUCUCCCAGCAAAGUCUAGUCAGCUCUACUCGCCGCGAUUAUAUCAAUGAGCUUAGCUCAUUUAAACACCAUCUAAUCGACUACAAUAUUCCGCUGUCUGGUACGCCAUUUCUAACUGUUCUGAGACGGCGAAUCUACGGGGAAGACUUGGACACAUCGAAUGACAAUGUUUUUGUUAUAGUUUGUGCUCAGUCUCCCCUUACGGAUUCCAAUACGCUCGAGGUCGGCAAUUUCCUCCGUGACCUCCGAGCCAAACGAGACCCGCACUACCAACGGGGUUCGAACCGACCUCUUUCUCCAUUUACGGAAGCACGACAGCCGAGCAGGAAGUCAUGCUUAAGACAAAUGGACACCUUAACUGCUGUCAAUGCCAAGCUGCUUCUGGAGAUUGCAGAGUUAAGGCAGCGUCUUGAAGUUUCAGAACGAAAGCAAAUUGGGGAAGAGGUGGAGGCAGAAGUGGCGGCAGUGGUUGUAGCGGCGGUGGGCAAGGACGAACAGACAGUGGACCUGGUAGCUGCAGCAGAAGCAGAAGUAGAAGCGGAAGCAGAACCGGAUGAAGAAGCGGAAGCAGAACCGGAUGAAGAAGCGGAAGCAGAACCGGAUGAAGAAGCGGAAGCAGAACCGGAUGAAGAAGCGGAAGCAGAACCAGGAGUUGAACUGAACGCAGAUCCGGAAGCAGAAUUAGAACCAGAAGCAGGACCGGAAGCAGAAUCUGAAGCAGAAUCUGAAGCAGAAUCGGAGGAUGUGGAAGAUGAUGAUGACAAAGACUCCUUCCUCGGGGUUCCGCAUCUCUUGAGGCCCGAGUUUCCUUACAAAGACCAUUGGUACGUUGUCGACCAACCGGACAAAUAUCACGCCAUCAAUUGGGAAGAAACAAUUGAGCAGGUUGGCUCUGCGGCGAGAUAUUUGUGCCGUAAAUGCAAUACCACCUUCGAGAGAUGCUGGAUUAAACUCCAUGUCUGGUUCGACGAAAAUCACGGUAAGGUUGUUUGCGAUCGAUGCAAUCAACCUUACCGUGAUCUCAAUUUUGUCCACAACCGGCACAAAUCGAAGUGUACGGGACAACCCCGCCAGGGAGGGCGCCCAAAAAAAAAAAAAAAUUAAUCUGCAAGACGACACUCUUGUGGCAACACAUCCAGAACGCUUCGAAAGUAUUACCCUGUGGAUCAUUCGAACCGGAAAGCAGCUCCAUAGCAUCCAAGCGGAUGAUCUCGCGCUUAACAUGAUCUUCUUUGCUACCAAAAAUAAAAUUUUCUUGGUUCUUUGUCGGAAAAGAAGCUAAGACUCUAUAAUUACGGCUCUUGUUUACUUAUUAAUUAAAUAAAAAUUUAUAAAUUAUGAUGAUAAUGAUUUAAAUGAUGAUUAUCUACAUGUUAAUACACUUGUACAAAGAUUUUUUAAAUAAUGUACAAAAUUAUUUGCAUUCAUGAAACUAUUAAUUCAUUUUAAAAAAAUAUUUUGAAAAAGUGCACGUAUAUAUAGUGUGUGAAAUUUCCGACGUGCAUUUUUUUAGAAAUUUGUUUUUUUUCAUUAUUUAUCUGUUAAAAAAAAAAUUGUUUAAUUUCAAAUGUCGGCUAACUUUACUAUCAUGAUUGUAGCAGACAUCAGAAAAAUUUAAAAUAAUUGAUAAACAAAUUAUUCAUUUUUUAAUUUUUGCUAAAGGUGCAAUAAAAAAACUCGGAUUUUUCCCAAAAAUUAUUCCUUUUGUUUAAUUAAAAAAUAAGGAGUCAUUGAAAAAAAAAAUCCUUCGUUAAAAUCCAAGAUAAACUCAUGUACUAAAGAAAUCUUUUGGUUUUUUUUGCUCGUCUCUCCCCACUACCACUGGCUCAUUUUUCCAUAUUUUUUUUUGAAAAUUUCGCAGAAUAUUCUUGGAAUGUCACUUAAUAAUGUCACAAAUUAAAAAAAUUUUAAUAACGAACGUACUCUGAAAAAAAAAUCACAAAUAUCUUCUUUCUUUGUAUCUCAGACUCCUUCCCCUGAAAAAAAAUUACUAAUGAACUCAGGAUUUAAUGUAAAAAAAAAAGUUCAUUUUUUUCCUCUCUGUAAACAAGUAAAAAUUAUAAUUUAUUAUUAU